AUGGAUCUUCUCCUUUUGGAGAAGGCUCUGCUGGGGCUGUUUGUGGCCAUGGUUGUUGCUAUUACCAUAUCCAAGCUCAGGGGUAAACGUUUUAAACUUCCACCAGGUCCCAUCCCCAUACCCAUAUUUGGAAAUUGGCUGCAGGUGGGUGAUGACUUGAACCACCGCAACCUGACGGAGAUGGCCAAGAAGUUCGGUGACAUACUGUUGCUCAGAAUGGGACAGCGGAACCUGGUGGUGGUUUCUUCGCCAGAGUUGGCUAAGGAAGUGCUGCAUACCCAGGGAGUUGAAUUCGGAUCCAGGACUAGGAACGUGGUGUUCGAUAUAUUCACAGACAAGGGUCAGGACAUGGUGUUCACAGUUUAUGGCGAGCACUGGAGGAAAAUGAGACGAAUCAUGACUGUCCCCUUUUUCACAAACAAGGUGGUGCAGCAGAACAGGCUUGGUUGGGAGGAGGAGGCGUCCAGAGUUGUGGAGGAUCUCAAGAACGAUCCAAAAGCUUCCACCAGUGGGGUGGUUCUGAGAAGGCGCCUGCAGCUGCUUAUGUAUAACAAUAUGUAUAGGAUUAUGUUCGACAGGAGAUUCGACAGCAUGGAGGACCCUCUCUUCAACAAACUCAAGCUUAUAAACGCCGAGAGGAGUCGGCUAUCUCAGAGCUUUGAAUACAACUAUGGCGAUUUCAUCCCCAUACUGAGGCCUUUCUUGAGAGGGUAUUUGAAUGUGUGUAAGGACGUCAAGGAGAGGAGGCUGAAGCUCUUCAAGGACAAUUUUGUCGAUGAGAGGAGGAGACUUACAAGCACGAUGAGCAACAAGGAGGAUAGUGUCAAAUGUGCCAUUGAUCAUAUCGUGGAGGCUCAAGAGAAUGGUGAAAUCACCGAAGCUAAUGUUCUCUUCAUUGUUGAGAACAUCAAUGUUGCCGCAAUCGAAACAACAUUGUGGUCGAUGGAGUGGGCAAUUGCUGAGCUCGUGAACCACCCCAACAUCCAGAAAAAGCUGAGGGAUGAGCUCGAUUCGGUGCUUGGACAUGGCGUUCAAAUUACGGAGCCCGACAUUCGCAAUCUGCCUUACUUGCAGGCUGUUAUCAAAGAGACCAUGCGGCUAAGAAUGGCCAUUCCUCUCCUAGUGCCUCACAUGAAUCUCCUAGACGCCAAGUUGGCUGGUUAUGACAUCCCUGCAGAGAGCAAGAUUCUUGUGAACGCAUGGUGGCUGGCCAACAACCCUGACCACUGGAACAAACCCCAUGAAUUCCGACCUGAGAGGUUCUUAGAGGAGGAGGCCGACGUGGAGCCUAGCGGGAACGACUUCAGGUACCUUCCCUUCGGCGCCGGGAGGAGGAGUUGCCCCGGCAUCGUCCUUGCCUUGCCCAUUGUCGCCAUUACUUUGGGUCGUCUCAUUCAGAACUUUGAGCUGCUGCCUCCUCCUGGACAGUCCAAGAUUGAUACCACUGAAAAGCCUGGACAGUUCAGCUUGCAAAUAUUGAACCACUCCACUAUUGUGGCAAAGCCUAGGUCUUUAUGAGUUCUAAAGUUCUUCAUCUCCUGCAAGGCGUUGAGUUUCUUAAUUGAGUUGAAGAUGUUAUGAUCAGAGCAAGCAGGUUCAGAUGAAACGAAGAUGUCUCCCUUUCUUUUAAUCAAGAAAUGCAUAAACUUUGUGUGAUCUGAAGCAAUAUUAUGCAAAUUUGUAUGAAAUUUCAUUUUCAAUCCACUUGA